ACAUGAAACUGUUCGUCAAUGUGAAAAUUGUGAUCAAGUUCUUCAAGAUACAAUUAUCAAUUGUUUCGAUCAUGCUGAAAGCCCGCAUCAACAACCACUUACAAUAGCUCAAACUCACACCAAACUUUGUGAUUUAUAUAUUAUUCUUGGUUCUUCACUCAUUGUUUAUCCUGCAAACUGUUUUACACAGUAUGUUGCUACCCGUAAAAAACCGGUGAUUAUCGUUAACUGUCAAAAAACUCCAUAUGAUGAUUUAGCCUAUAUACGAAUUUUCGCUAAAAUCGAAGAUUUCCUCACACUUUUAUGUAGAGAACUCAGAGUGGAUUUAAUUAAUACUGAAGUAACAGAUUUAGAAUUAGAUCAAUCUUUUAAAGAUAUGAUUAUCAC